AUGGCUCAAACCCAGUGUGACGGUGGCCCUCCCCUAACCCUGACGGAACAGGGUGUUCAAGAGUUCACUACUCCAAACUUCCCAGACGGUAGAUAUCCCAUGAAUGCUCGGUGCAGCUGGCUCAUCCAGGUCACAAGUGGGACGAUAGAGCUGCAGUUCCCUGACUUCAACUUGCCCUAUGAGGUUGUAUUUGGAUCUGCUCCAUGCGCUACUACAACAGUGAGCAUUUUCGACGGCCCCACAAUGGUAUCGACUCCGCUCGGGACGUAUUGUGACAACACCCCUCCCCCAAACGUCACGUCUUCCACAGGUUCCUCCAUACUGGUGACUUUCAAUGGAGGGGCGUUUACAAGAGUCGGACAGGGAUUCAGGGCGACAUUUUCAGUCAUAGGCGGUAACCCAGUGACAACACCCCCGCCCCCAGUCACCACCCCAGCGGCACACAUAUCUACUCAGCCCGCCUUGACAACGCCAGAGAUAGACGAGUGUGCCAGUAAUCCCUGUCAGAAUGGCGCGACGUGCCAGGACGGUGUCAACUCCUACACAUGCACCUGUCUACCUGGAUACGAGGGAGACACCUGUGCAACAGCUAUAGCCAACUGUGCGGGCAGUCCAUGUCAAAACGGAGGCACCUGUACAGAUAGACAGUUCUUCGUCGGAUACUACUGCACCUGCCCAGCUGAAUACGGAGGAACAUACUGUGAAAUUGAUCUCCAGACUAUAGACGAAUGUGCCAGUAACCCCUGUCAACAUGCGGGCACCUGUACAGAUGCACUGAACAGCUACACCUGCAGCUGCGCACCUGGAUAUCAGGGAACUAACUGUGAAACAGAUAUUGACGAAUGUGCCAGCAAUCCUUGUCAAAACGAGGGCACCUGCAUAGACUUAGUGAACAGCUACGCCUGCAGCUGCGCAGCUGGAUUUCAAGGAACCAACUGUGAGACAGAGACAGCAGGCAGGUGUGCCAGUGAUCCUUGUCAGAACGGAGCCACCUGUGUGGACAUACCGAACAGCUACAUCUGCAGCUGCGCACCUGGGUUCCUGGGGACUAACUGUCAGAUUGAUAUGGAUGAAUGUGCCAGCGGUCCUUGUCAACAUGGCGGCACCUGCAUAGACUUAGUAGACAGCUACACUUGCAGCUGUGCAGCUGGAUAUCAGGGAACUAACUGUGAGACAGCUACCACAACCGCCCCACCAACCACAAUAUCGACACCACGACCACUGCCCGUCCAAACGUCCCCGGCACCCGGGACGUCUGUGGGACCUACCACCCCACCCCCGGGGACGUCGGCCGGACCUACCACCCCACCCCCGGAACGUCUGCGGGACCUACCACCCCACCCCGGGACGACUGCGGGACCUUCCACCCCACCCCCUACAAACUCUAGCCCACAGGAUAGCACUGCUCUACCCACCACUACUACUCACAGGACAACUUCUAGUCCUCAAGCUAUAGUCGACUGUGCGGGAAAUCCAUGUCAAAACGGAGGCACCUGUACAGAUAGACAGUUCUUCAGCGGAUACUACUGCACCUGCCCAGCUGAAUACGGAGGAAUACACUGUGAAAUAGAUAUUACACAUACAUCAUCCCCUACUCGGACGACAUUUGCUUCGGCAUCAGUCGCCACCAAAACCACGUCAGACAAGUUUGUGUCCACCAUCUUGCCUAGCACCGUGGACACCACACAACCAAACUUCAAACCGGUGACGACGGGAAAACCUGGGAGUAACGAGCAACAAGGUGGCGACGGUGGGCUGACGGAAGACCAGAUCAUCCUGUACGCAGUCCUGGGAGCGGUUCUAGCUCUACUUUUCCUCAUUGCAAUCAUCGCUGCCGUGUGCUUAUGCAGGAGAGGGAAAAAGGGCAGGUACGCAGUCAAAUCUCGAGAGCAGGAACUGGAGAAACUAGAAAGGUCAGAGUCAGGGCAAGACGCGUACGGGAGAGACAACCCAGCCGAACUCAAGUCUGCCCGCCCUGACAGCGCCUAUCAGUCCCUACAGGGGUCCCGGUCUUCACUGAACAAGGACGAAAAAAUAAACAAAUAAAAUGAACAAUCACAUUGCAUAAUUGGAUACAAAAACGCAUGUACAUAACUCUAGUGUAACACAGGUCCAUGAUGAACGGCUAUAAUGCGCAGAGCUCAGCCUAUCUGUUUUACUUUGUUGUUGUCAGAUAUCAUGUGUAGAUGUACAGUAGUUUGUGUGCAGUUAAACCAUUACAAGGACAGACACUCCAAACGUGUACUAUAUUGCACACGCUGAAACAUAAAAAUCGUUCAAAGUUUCGACUCAAUACUAAAACAAGAUACUAAAACAGUUGUAGAAUCAUUGAAUCACAUGUGUGAUAAUCACCUUGCAAUAUUGUGUGAAACUUGUGAAUGCUUUUUGACGUCAAAAUGUAAAUAAAGAGUCUAAUAGUUCUUUAGCAUGUAUAAUAGUACGCCCCAGGGCUAUGAUGUUGUACUCUUAGUAUAUUAUUAAGUGUAAACCAGUUAAUCUCAUCUCAAAAUACUGUAUAAUUAUCAUUCAGACUAGCAAAAUCCUUAUCUAACGUAAUUUCUGUUAGUAUAGACGGCAUGUGAUACAUUACA